AACUCCUUUGUCUUUUUUCAGGGAAAGGUUUCCGGGGCGUCGUCAUGAAGAUCUUGGUCCUGCCUCUUCUGCUCCUGGGCGUCGUCUGCGUCCUCGGGAUCCCCCCCAAGCCCCGGUGCGACACCCACGCUGCCGGAGAUUGCCUGGAGGAGGACGCCAGCGCCGCGAGUGACUCCGCGGGUCCUUCCGCGAUUGGAGAGGGAGCGGAGGUGGAGGGAGAGACGCCCGACGCCUUCGAGGAGACGAAGGAGGCCUCUCCGACGAGCUCCGAUCUUCCAGCCACGUCGGAGCUCCCCCCGGAGGCUGACUCGGAGACCGGGGGCGCCGGUGGGGGCAGCCCGGGCCCCGGCGAGGGCGGGGGCGGGGCCCUAAAGGCGCGGAGGCUGGUGAGCGGGAAGUCGAUCGAGGGCGCGACGCCCGGCAACGCCUACGGGAAUGACACGGAGGCGUCGGCGGAGGUGGGCGGCGAGGAGCGGCAGGGGCGGAAGCUGUCCCUGGACGACCCCUCGGCCAAGGAGGGCAGCUACGUCCUCCAGACUCAGGGCCCUCAGGAGGAGAAGGAUCGCCAAGAGGGGGAAGACAUCGCCUUCGAGAAAGUCCACGACCUGCUGGAGGAGGAGGAAGGAGGCGCUCUCGGACACGACUACUACGACUACGACCUCUCGAGUCCGACCCCCGUCAGGAAGUGCUGCGGCGCAGAUGAGUUCUUCAGCAUGCAGAUCCAGGGAUGCGAGGACGUGGGUGGCGACCACAUGUUCCUAGAGGCGGCAGGGCGCCUCCUGUUGGGAGAGGGGGGUGGCGGGGCCCUCAGCUACAUCACCGGCCGAAUCCCCGCCUGUCCGGGCACGGGGAAGCCGCCCAAAGUCGCUCAGUCCUCGGAGCUUGUGCACCAGCUACUGCCGCAUGGCCACCUGCGGGAGCUGGACCUCGGCCUCACGCAUGAUGUUGACCACUACUGCCUCGAGAUGGCGGCGGUCAGCAAAGAGGAAGUGGCCAACGCCGCUCUGGUGCUGGCCUCCUGUCCCCGCAGCGUCUCGUGGCACUUGCGCAAGUGCUGCGCGCUCCACCAGUACCUCGACCGCAGCAGCAUGGAGUGCAUGGACAGGCCUGCCAACAGCAGCAGCCACGACACGCUGGUGCGGGACUUCCUCCCCCCAGACGCCGACGCCCCCCACGUCCACUUUAACACCGAGCGCUUCCAGUGCCUGAAGGGAUUCCCCAAGAUCAUGCGCUCGCACGAGGUCUACCUGGACGAGAGGGAGCAGCUGUGUGAGCGAGACUCCAGCGUCUGCCACCAGACGUCCCUCUUCUGCCUCGACCACCUGUGGGCUGAGGACGAACACCCGGCCAGCAUGGAGGCCGUCGCCGCCGUCUGCGUGCACAAUUUCUUCUUCAAGUGCUGCCCGCCCGGCCACGCCUACUCGGAGGAGGGCUGCGUCGCCACGCACGCCCCGCUCUCGUCCAAGAUGAUGCAGCUCUACGAGUUGAUGGACUCGGACUACGGGUUUCCGCACAGCAACGACACUUGCCCGCACGAGGUCAUCUGGCCGCACAACAGGGACAUCCGCUGGUGGAUCAACUGGUCCGGACAGCUCAACGUGGACUCUCACGACAGCAUUUUCGUCACGGACCGCUACUGCGUCGACGACUUCUUGGACAAGGACAACGAGACGAUGACCGUAGCGAUCCUGUGUCGCGCUGAGUUGGAGAACAUCAUCCCUGUGCACCAGUCGUCCCAGGCCUCCUCCUCCGACGCCGUCUCCUCCCUCCUGCCUCCGGGCACGGUCGGCAAGUGCUGCAAGCACGGCCACAACGUGCUCAAGGUCGACGGCGCCAGGAACAUCUCGUGCGCGGGCGACGACCUCGGCCACCAGCUCCUGGACGAGUCGGAGGUCCGCGGCGCCGGCAUCUCGCGCCUCGUCUACUCGGGCUUCCCCGUGUGCAGGACCGGCCGGGCCCUGCACGUGUUCUACCUCCCGCCGGUGGCCGAGGACGACUACGCCCGGUUCUCGCAGGGCGGCCAGACUGCCGACGUGGUCAGCGUGGAGGGCAGCUGCGUCCUCAGCACCAACUCCUUCCGCAAGGAGGAUUACUGCCUCGACUACCUCGUGAAGGCCAACGCCAAGGGCCAAGGCCGCGCGCCCCGGCCGAUGGUCAUGGUGUGCCCCGACGCCUGGGAGAGCGUCAGCGUCCACCAGGAGAAGUACAGCAUCACGUCCGUCCUCUUGGGCAUCUCCUGCAGCGCCCUCAUCGCCACCGUCAUCUCGCUCCUCUCCAGCAGGGUCAGGAGGGGCCUCGUCACCGUGAAGAAGGUAAACACCCUGGCCGGAAGGAUCCUCCUCAGCUACGUCAUCUCUUACCUGUUCAGCUUCCUCCUGCUGGCCAUCUCCAUGAAGGCGGAGGUGCAGCAGGACGCCGAGUGCCAUCUCAUCGCUGGCCUCCUGAUCUUCUUCAUCUUAGCGGGAUUCACGUGGAACACCUCCAUCUGUCUCGAAUCUCUUCUGCUGACGAUGCGCGUGAGCACAUCGGAGCGCUGGCGUUACCUGUACCACUCGCUGUGGGCGUGGGGCGUCCCCGCCGCCAUCACGACGCUCGCCCUCACCCUCGACCACUACAGGAGGGAGCUGCCCUGCGCCGUCGUCACGCCACGGAUCGGCCUCUACAGGUGCUUCUUCUCAGACCCGAACGCCCAGCUGCUGUACAUGCACCUGCCGCUCUUCCUCACUCUCCUGGCGAACGUAGGCCUCCUGAUGGGUGCCAGGAUCCUCAGGAGUGCCAAGCUGAGGAAGCUGGAGCACGGAGGCAACAAGAAGAAGGCGUCUACACCAGCAGGAGGAGCAGGAGGAGGAGGAGGAGGAGGAGGAGGAGGAGGAGGAGGAGGAGGAACGGGAGGGACAGCAACAGCAGCAGGAGGAGGAGGAGGAGGAAGGGGGUCCGAGUGGGUCGAGCUCAAGAGGCAGACCGAGGCGGGCGGCGGCAGCAGCACCAACACCAGCACUGACCAGUCGGGCCACGCGCAGCCGGCCUCCUCUGGCCUCAGGACGCAUCAGACGCGCAACCUCUGGACGGAGUCGAUCAAACUGGUGGUCUGGUCCGGCGCGACGUGGAUGCUGGAGGUGGCGUCCUUCGUGGUCACCAGCUACCUGGUCACGCCCUCCGAGGCGUGGUACGACUACCUGUGGUACCUGCCGUCCACCAUCAACGCCCUGCGCGGCGUCGGCAUCUUCUCCAUCCUGGUGCUGACGCCCGAGAACCGCGUCAAGGUGGCCAAGGCCCUGGGGACCCUCGGCUCGUGGGCGGGCUCGGGCACCCUGGGCCGCGCCUCGCGCUCUGAGGCCCACAGCUCGUCGGGCAACCACGCGUCCUCCAGCGGCGGCGGCGGCGGCGGCUCCGCGGGGAUGCCGGAGGCCGGGAGGACCGCUGGCAGGAGAAACAUGUCAAUCUCCACCACCAUCACUCAGAUCACGUCCUCCUUCAGAAGCGCCGUGUCCGUCGACCCUCGGCCGGACGCUGCGGCGGCGGCGGCGGCGGCCGCGCGGCCCGGAGGAGGCCUGCAUCCGCGCGUCGCGCACUCCGUCAGCCAGAUCGACACGAGGAGGAGCUCCGUGUCGUCGGAGUCGUCCUCGGAAGGGUUCGAGCUGGACGCCGAGGCGGGCGCGGGCGGCAGGCGCAAGUCGUCCAUCGCGGCCAACUUCGGAAUGGUGUCGCUGCCCAGCGUCGACGAGGAGGACGUGUUCGACGACUCGACGGCCGAGGCCAGCGCCACGCACGCCCCGCUCGACGCCACCAGGUCCUACAGCAACGCGUAGCCGAGCCCUCCGCCCUUCGCCUGCGGGAGGAGGCGCCGCCCUCCGCUCUCGCUCCUCCAUCCGCAUCACGCCCAUUCAUCGUGCCAUUAUGCUCACCGUUAGACUUCACGCCAUUUUCAGUAAUCAGUAAGAAAUAUAAAGUGUAUAUGUGUAAUUCCUUGUAAAUACUUUUCUGUCAUUAUUUUCCUUGGCUGAACAUGUACAUAUUUUCCGUUUAGUGCUCUUGGAAAUAAAAAUACGUUGAUCUUGUUG